AUGAAGAUCUUUACCUUAGUAGCCGUUUGCGCGUUGACCUCGGCGUACAAGAUAACUCAACUCAAAGUGCCGCUCUACGCAGACCCACGUCGUGCGGCUGAGCUUAGCUGUCACUUUCAAAUGGAUGACCAGAAGUUGCACUCUGUCAAAUGGUACCGAGACAUGCACGAGAUCUUCCGAUAUAAUCCCUCACAAAAGCCUCCGAUCCGCCUGUUCAACGUGACCGGUAUCAUGGUUCAAGGCGGGGAGUGCCAGGCGGAGUGGUGUAUGGUGAGGGUGAUGCCGCCGCCUGUCGCUGCAAGAGCCGCUUACAGCUGUGAAAUAUCCACUGAAGGACCCAAGUUCCAGAUAGCGCGGCAGACUAAGCAUAUGACUGUUGUCGCGAUGCCAGAGAGAGAUCCUGUUAUUAUUGGAGCUCCAAAAUUAGUGAAGCCUGGAGAACAAAUACUGCUUAAUUGCACCUCGGAUUACUCGCUGCCACCUGCCGAUAUCAAUUGGUAUAUUGAUAACGACCUCCAGAAGCAAGAGCCGUGGCACCGCACUGAGUUGACCGCACCUCAGGAAGGAGGAUUACGUGCGUCUUGGCGUGUUCUGCGCGUCCCGGUUCCUCCAGCGGAAAGCGGGGCGUUAAGCGUGCGAUGCGAAGCCAACCUGCCCGUGGAACCGCCGGUCAUUCGCGAUGCGGGUGCUGUCCUGACGCUCUACUCUCGUACACAACUCUCGAAAUACGUCUCCAGUUCAGGUACAAGCUUGGGAUUUCAACUUAGUUUUUUAUCGUAUUUGUAUUCUGUAUUGGAGAUAAGUUUAUGA